AGCUCUUCCGCUCUUCGUACCAAAAAGUUGCUUCCAAGCACACACCACGCGUAGAUGCUGUCCAUGUCAAAAGCUCACCGGGUUUUCUCAAGACCGAGGCUCUAGUUCAACACACACAGAUAAUGGAUUCAAUGGUUCAACAACAUUUGAAGCUUCACUGGGAUGGAAAAAGCAGUGUUGAGGUUUAUGACCUGGCUCAGCUACUUGUCACGACUCUAUCGGCUCGAUUCUUCACUGGACUCGAGAACGAUCCGGAGAGGACCGCAAAGUUUGCCAAAUUCUACAAUGUUAUCACCUCAGGGCUGCAUACAAUUCCCCUGAAUGUUCCGGGAACCGCGUUUCAUCGUGCGAUGAAAGCAGCAAAUGCUAUGAGGAAGGAGGUCUUGCUGUUGGUUAUGGAGAAGAAAGCAGCUGUGUCCAGUAGUACUAGUGAGAUCAAAAUAAAUGAUAUCAUGUCUCACCUGCUGUUUAAUCCCGAUCCCCGCGGCCAGUUCAUGACGGAAAAUGAAGUUGCUGACAGAGUUAUGGGUUUGAUGGCGGGUGGAUUUCACUCACCUUCCAUGGCUACAACUUUCCUUAUCAAAUUUCUUGGAGAAAGACCUGACAUCUGUGACAAAGUCCGAACAGAACAACUGGAGAUUGCAGGGUCGAAAAAAUUAGGGGAGGCCCUUAACUGGGAAGACAUACAGAAGAUGAAAUAUUCAUGGAGUGUGGCACUUGAAGUGAUGAGGCUGGUGCCGCCUCUUCAAGGAACAUUCAGAGAGGUUGUCACUGACUUCACCUAUGAAGGUUAUACAAUUCCAAAAGGCUGGAAGGUGUACUGGUCAGCAAGCAGCACCAAUAAAAAUCCCGAGAAUUUUGCUGCGCCGGAAGAAUUUGACCCGAGCAGAUUUGAGAACGGAAAUACUCCACCACCAUACUCUAACAUCCCGUUUGGCAGCGGUCCUCGAAUUUGUCCCGGAAUAGGAUAUGCUAGACUCCAACUUCUCCGUUUCCUCCAUCACGUCGUGACACGGUAUAAGUGGGAAGUGUUAAAUACAAGCGCCAAGAUUGCCGGCGGCCUGAAUCCGGUACCAGAAGGAGGCGUUCACAUUCGCCUCCAUCCUUAUACGGCAUGAGGAUCCUGACUCGUCAAUGCAUGUUCUUCCUUCCUUAUUGCACAUGCAAUAUAUUCUUGUACUAGUUAUUAUGCAAGCAUUAUCUAAUAAGUGAAGGAGGUGGGCCGGGGGCUCCCCGAAGUAAUAGUCUUGGGGAAGGGUGAGUUCGGACUAAUGGGGUCUACAAAAAUGUUUGAUAUGUUUCCAAUUGUCUGUAUAUAAAAAAAAAAAAAUUCUUUCUUUUUCCAGCACUCCAUGUGGCCGAGUUCAAAUUUUAUGUACUCAUUUUGUUUAUGAUGUCUAUGUAGUCUCUAUUACUAAUUGUUACGUGUUAAUAAAUUUAAUUAUUUCUUAAUUUUGUUGUCAUAAACUUAAUGCGUGUCGAUCAAUAAUAGAGGUCACAAAGAGGCUAUACACAAAAUAAGUGCAUCCCAUUCGGUAGAUGUCCUCGAAUUUGUACUCUUCCGGAUCAGGAAAGUAUUCGGGGAUUUUGUUGGUGCUGCUUGCCGACCAAUACACCUACAAAAUUUAACCUUAUCAAUUAAGAAACACAAACUAAUAAAUUAAACAACUGGACUGUAAUUAUAUGAUUAACCUGAUUAAGUACUAUAUUAAUUACCUUCCAGUCGGGUCCGGGUUAAAUAGUAUGAAAGACAAGAUGUCAUGCAUUUGGACUCCUCUGGAAGCAGCCGCUUUCUUCUCCUUAAUCAGCAACAAAACCUCCUUCCUCAUUGUGUUCGCCGCCUCCAGCAUCUAUCUUCUUAAAAAAAAAAAAAAAAAAAAAAGUUACAUAUGAACACAAUGGAGGCUCUCUUCCUUCCUUUCUCUACAACAUACAUUCCCAUGUUAUUAUUAUUACUCAAUGCUCUUGCUUUCAUCGUUUAUGCAUUCAAGUUUAAACCUUCCAAAACUAAACCUCCACCGG